AUGCAUCUAUCCUCGCCACGUCGUUGCCAACCAAUGUCUCUGGACCUCCACGUCGGCGCACGCUACAUCUGGAUCAUGAACGGAUACUUCCUCACUACUGUCGUUGUCCAACCAUUGGUGGGACAAGCUGCCGAUAUUCUCGGCAGGAGGAUUCCCAUGCUCGUCUCUCUAUCACUCUUCACACUCGGGAGUGGACUUUGCGGCGGAUCGACUUCCUUGCCCAUGCUUAUUGCCGCGCGCCUAAUCCAGGGGUUUGGGGGAGGAGGCUUAUUCGUUAUGACAGACACCAUCACCGCCGACCUCAACCCUUUGCGCGAUCGCAUGAAAUACGUGUCCAUGGUCAUGAUGUUCUUCACCCUAGGCUCUUUCCUGGGUCCCAUCAUCGGCGGUGCUAUUGUCGACAACACGACCUGGCGCUGGGUCUUCUAUAUAAACUUGCCUGUUUGUGCGGCCGCCCUCUCCCUUUUCUCUCUCUUUUUACGCGUCAAUCACAAGCGAGAGGGCACCAUUGCUCAACGGCUUGGACGGGUGGACUACUCCGGCAACUUCAUUCUCGUAUGCGCUGUUGUCUCGAUUCUCAUCCCGUUGACCUGGGGAAGCACUACCUCCAGCUGGAAAUCAUGGCAUAUUCUGUUGCCCCUUCUGGUCGGCUUCGCUGGGCUUAUAUUCUUUGGUGGACACCAGGGAAAGUCGCCCGUGAGCCCAUCAUGCCUCUCCGGGUCCACAGCAACAUGUCUUGUGCUUUGGGCUACGGGAUUACCUUCUUGCACGUUGCACGGAAUCGUCCUCAGCUGGCUCAGCUUCUUUCUUCCAGUGUACUUCCAAAUUCUCCUCGAGUCCACUCCCCUUCAGUCCGGAGUCAAACUCCUCGCCGUUGUCAUCCCUCUUGCCCCCGCCGGAAUGGCCGGCGGCAUCGCUAUAGCUUUAACCGGUCACUACAAGAUUGUCAUCGUUGCCGACUUCGUCCUCCUGUCAAUAGCGGUCGGCUGUAUUACCACACUGGAUGCCAACUCCUCCACCGCCGUUUGGAUUGUGUUCCAAGUUCUCGCCGGGCUGGGCGGCGGCCUCUCCCUGACCGCUACCCUGCCCGCUGUCCAGGCGCCGGUGCCCGAAUCAGAUGUGGCCAUCGCCACCGCCGCGUGGGCUUUCGCGCGGUCUUUUGGAGCCAUCUGGGAUGCCGCCAUCCCUUCCGCCGUCUUCGAUUUCCGUUUCGACGAGCUUUUCCAUCUCAUCCCUGAGCCGUCGGUGCGUGACCUGCUCGCCCACGGUGUCGCGUAUGAGCAUGCCAUCCGCUUGCUCAUUGAGCAGUUUGACGCUCAGCCAGUGCUCAAGGAACAGGUCAUCCAUGCACUCAAGAGAGUUUGGGUUGUUCUGAUUCCGUUUGCUAUUGUUCCCAUUGGUCUGGCUCUCUGCAUGAAGGAGAUUGAGCUGAGAAAAGAGUUCAAAACCGACUUCGGACUCAAAGAAACACUGGAAGCCCGAGGCCAAAAACUGCAAGGUUGGUUAAAUAGUGGAUAA